AUGAUCACAGAUGUGCGGCUCGCCAUCUUCACCAACAAGCUGGGCAUGUCACUCUUCCUGCUUGUCGUUCUCUAUCACUAUGUGGUUGUCAACAAUCCCAAGAAGCAGGAAUGA